AUGGAUUUGUAUUGUGAUAAUAAAGCUGCAAUUGCGAUUGCUCAUAAUCCUGUGCAACAUGAUCGUACAAAGCAUGUGGCGGUUGAUCGACAUUUUAUUAAAGAGAAGUUGGAUGCUGAGAUUAUUUAUUUUCCGUUCAUAUCAUCCGAGUAUCAGUUGGCAAAUAUUCUAGCAAAUAUUCUUACGAAAGUUGUGUCUACUAUCAUCUUUCUCAACUUGCUUGACAAAUUGCUUCUAACUUGGAGCCCAGCAGCUGAGGAUCAGUACCUAACAAGUGACUUUGAUCAGGAAGUAAUUGUAUCAGCAAUUCGAAGCUCUGCAAUGGAAAAGCUGAGACGGAAGCCUAGCAGUUGGACAGAUAGCUUUUCAUUUGUCUACUCUUCAAAAUCAGGAGAUUUAUUCAUAAGCCAGAAAGGAAUGCAAAACAAAAAGGAUAACGGUGAAGAAGAAUUUUUAUAUGUUAAAAGUUGCAUCUCUUGCUGCUCAACUGCUGCCACAAGUAGAGAUGUGUUUCUUUCUGUCAAGACAAGUUUGUCCCGUUGUUCGAGCCUUAAUGGGAUUGAGUUUAAAGAUUUUGGCAGUACAUAA